AAAUAGACAGAGGACCCUGGGGAUGAAGUUGCGCAAUUAAAAUGGCGGAGGAGCGAUUUGACCAUUCAAAAUUUCGCCUCAGCUGGACUUGUGUUUAGUCUAUUCGAGGAAGCGUUUUCAAAGCAGCAAGAUACAGCUUUGGAAGAAACUGUCGAGGCAUCGAUCAUGCUACGAAACAAUGGUUUGAGCAACAUCGAGCAACUCGUGGACAUAAUCGGCCCGACCCCAAGGAGCUCCAGGGAUUGCCAAGAAAGAGUUUUUUCUGUAUUUGUGAAAGUGAAACAUAGUAAAGCGUGAUUAAUUGAACUUUUCAGAGGAACUCUUAGGACAAGCAAGAAAUUCUGCAAGGCAUGGGACGCUGAGCCGAUAAUAUUUACACUUUCUGAAAGAAAUUCAAAGAGGAAGAAAGCAGGAAAGAAGGGAAACUGGACAGUUUAUCCGUAUUUGGGCAUCGAACGUCCCUUAACUGUCCCUGAUUGGCUGCUGGUUAUCGCACGCGGGAAAACUUGAAUUGAUUGAAAAUCUCGGAGCGCGCCAACUUCAAACCACUUUCCUCACCUCGCGCGCAAGGUCUACUUCGGUCAAGAUUUUCUUCCUCAAUUUUGCUUUGUACUCGUUCUUAGCUGUAGAAGUUUCGUUUUAACAUGGCUGACAAUCUGAAAGAAGAGGAGUCACCUGAAAACUUGUUCAACUACGUCAUCAAACGCAAUAAAAAGCGUCAGGAGAUUUUUUUGGACAAGAUUACUGCACGGAUCCAAAGACUAAGCUAUGGCCUGUCCGAAUUUGUCUGUCCGUUUGAAAUCACCAAGAAAGUUAUCGCUGGAAUCUAUCCUGGAGUACAAACAACAGAACUGGACACCCUUGCUGCAGAGGUUGCUGCAUCAAUGACCACUAUUCACCCUGACUAUGCCAUCCUUGCAGCCAGAAUUGAAGUUUCUAAUCUUCAGAAGGAAACAAAGAAGUUGUUUAGUGAUGUAAUGACGGAUCUGUACAACUAUGUCAACCCUAAGAAUGGGAAACAUUCUCCACUGAUCUCUAAGGAGACACAUGAGAUCAUCAUGAAUAAUGCUGAUAGACUCAACUCUGCUAUCAUUUAUGACCGUGACUAUCACUACAAUUACUUUGGGGUGAAGACCUUAAUGAGAUCUUACCUGCUAAAGAUCAACGGCAAAGUGGCGGAAAGGCCAGCACACAUGUUGAUGCGAGUUUCAGUUGGAAUCCACAAGGAUGACAUUGAUGCUGCCAUUGAAACUUAUAAUUUGAUGUCUGAGAAGUGGUUCACACAUGCCUCACCGACACUUUUCAAUUCUGGCACUUGUAAACCACAGCUGUCAAGCUGUUUCUUGCUGACAAUGUCAGAUGACAGCAUUGAUGGCAUUUAUGAAACGCUGAUGACUUGUGCUAGAAUCUCAAAAUCAGCUGGUGGAAUUGGUAUUAAUGUGCAUAAUAUCAGAGCUGCUGGGAGCUACAUAGCAGGGACCAAUGGAGUCUCAAACGGUCUGGUACCGAUGUUGCGGGUUUACAAUGCGACUGCAAGGUAUGUUGACCAAGGAGGCAACAAGAGACCAGGAGCCUUUGCUAUAUACUUGGAACCCUGGCACAGCGAUAUCUUUGAUUUCUUGGACUUAAGGAAGAACACAGGAAAAGAAGAACAGCGUGCUCGUGACUUGUUCUAUGCUUUGUGGAUUCCUGACCUCUUUAUGAGGCGUGUGGAGAGUGAUGGGAUGUGGUCACUUAUGUGUCCUAAUGAGUGCCCUGGUCUACAGGACUGCUGGGGAGAAGCUUUUGACAAGCUUUAUGAAAGCUACGAGGAGCAAGGAAAAUUCCGCCGACAAAUCAAAGCUCAAAAGCUGUGGUUUGCGAUCUUGGAAGCACAGACAGAGACUGGCACACCAUACAUGUUAUACAAAGAUGCAUGCAACAGAAAGAGUAACCAACAGAAUGUUGGAACCAUCAAAUGCAGCAAUCUUUGCACAGAAAUUGUGGAGUACAGCAGUCCAGAUGAAGUUGCUGUCUGUAACUUGGCCUCACUUGCACUCAACAAAUUUGUUAUGACUGAUGAAAGGCCAGUACAGUUUAAUUUCCAAAAACUCUUUGAGGUUACCCAGGUGGUAACACGCAACUUAAACAAAAUAAUUGAUAUCAACUACUAUCCAGUGAAGGAGGCUGAAAGAUCAAACAAGAGACACAGGCCUAUCGGCAUUGGAGUACAGGGAAUGGCCGAUGCCUUCAUUCUUAUGAGAUAUCCAUUUGAAAGUGAUGAGGCCAAAGAAUUGAACAAAAAAAUAUUUGAGACAAUCUACUAUGGAGCACUAACAGCAUCUUGCCAGUUGGCCAAAGAGAAAGGAGUUUAUGAAACUUAUGAAGGAUCGCCUGCAAGCCAAGGGAAACUUCAGUAUGAUCUCUGGGGAGUGACUCCUACAGAUCUGUGGGACUGGGCAGCACUGAAGGCAGAUAUAAAAAAGUAUGGAUUGAGGAACAGUUUAUUGUUGGCACCAAUGCCAACAGCUUCCACUGCACAGAUUCUUGGCAAUAACGAAUCUUUUGAGCCAUACACAAGCAACAUUUACUCAAGACGUGUUCUUUCAGGGGAAUUUCAGAUUGUAAAUCACCAUCUGCUAAAAGACUUGACAGAGAGAGGUUUAUGGAAUGAAACAUUAAAAAACAAACUUGUAGCUGCUAAUGGCUCCAUUCAGCACAUUGACGAGAUCCCUGAUGAUCUUAAACCAUUGUACAAGACAGUUUGGGAAAUUUCCCAGAGGACUCUCAUAGAUAUGGCAGCUGACAGAGGAGCAUUCAUUGAUCAAAGUCAGUCAUUCAAUGUGUUCUUUGCUGAACCUAACUAUGGCAAGCUGACAAGCAUGCACUUCUAUGGCUGGAAAAAGGGUCUCAAGACAGGAAUGUACUACCUACGUACUCGUCCUGCCGCAAAUGCAAUUCAAUUUACAGUGGACCAACAAUCUCUCAAAAAGACAACCAAGACUGCAGAGCAGAAAGAAGAAGCCAUUGCUUGCUCUCUUAAAAAUCCCGAGGCUUGUGUAAGCUGUAGUGGAUAGAUCAAGAUGUACAUAUUGUGUGCUUGACCUUCAUGACAUUACAAACUAUGCAGAUAUUCUUUCAGGGAAAGAACCUUAAGACAACAAUCAUGCAAUUUCUGGUAAAUUGCUGCAGCUCAUAAAAGUAACUGAUUUAUCAAGAGCAGAUUGAAGUGUAUAUGUACAAUCAAAUACUUAAGAUAAAAUCGCUCGCAGGCCUAAAACGGAAAUCAGAAAAGUUUACAAUUAUUCUAUUUUGCUUUUGAAGGAGUAUUUUCAUAUGCCGAUAAGUGAUUUGAUGUGCAAGGUGAGGUAAAGUCACAUCAUUGUGUUUUGAAAUGUAAAUAUGUAAUGGAUUGUGUGGUAUUUGCAAACACUUAUAGACCUGUUAUAUUUUGUAAUAGACCAUUUUUGUAUUAGACCACUUUCGUAAUAGACUACUUUUGUAAUAGACCAUUUUUGUAAUAGACUACUUUUGUAAUAGACCAUUUUUGUAAUAGACUACUUUUGUAAUAGACCAUUUUUGUAAUAGACUACUUUUGUAAUAGACCAUUUUUGUAAUAGACUACUUUUGCAAUAGACUAUUUGUAAAAGACUAAGUUAAAUGAGUGUACAUACCAUUGUAAAGUCUUUACAUGAUAAUCUUGAAUUGUGAAAACCCUGGUAAAUGAUUAACACAGGGAAAAAAAUAAAAUGUUUUAUCAAAAGUGA